GUAAUGAACGUUAUAGCAUCUUCUUUCUAUGGUCAAGUACUGAGCUCUGUAAUUAUGCUUUGGAAAUGAAUUACGAGUUUAUGAGAUUUUGAACCAACGGGAAAUUCAUAUAAUAAGAAGCUUAAAUUAUUACAAAAUAGAUUUUAGCUCGCAGAUCAUCGCCUACAUCUUCUGGCGCCUUAAAACGAAGUAAAUUUUCAUGGUCCCAUCAACAUGUGGGGAUGGACAUCAUAAUUAAGACAAAAGUAAUUUUAAAAUCUGUCUGCAAUCUUUGAGUGGCAUACUACACAGUAAAGCCACACGGUGCAGCUUAUGUCUGCAAUCACUGAGUGGCAUAAAAAUACAAUACAGACAAUCACACAAGAUGACACAUCAGCUGGCAGUCUCCCUGACAGUUCUGUUAGCCGUCAGCUUUGUCUCUUCUACGGUCAUAGACGCGCCAAGGAUAAAUCUGCCGUCGCAGGGUGACAGCUUCGUCGCGGAUGUCCAUUCCUCCGUGCGAUUCAAGUGCUCCGGCUCACGGCCUGUCCAGUGGCGGGCGCAGCAUCAAAACAACUUCGCGCAGAACACCUUCAAAUUCACCGCUCAAUUUGAGUUACACAACGUAACUGUGAGCGAUGUUGGCUACUACACCUGCGCAUACGUCAACUGUACAUCAUCGUCACCCUCAUGCAGCUCCAGCAUCUACCUCUACGUCAAGGACGAGGAUAAUCUUCUUACGCUGCAGAACCAAGUGUACUUCCUGAAGGUUCCUUCAGACCAGGACUUCGUCGUCCCCUGCAAGCCUUCCUUCCCGCAGGUCGAAGUCUCGCUCACCCAAGCCAGCGGCACCGAGGUGUCACCGGAAUUCUUCGACAAGAAGACAGGCUAUAACAUUACUGCGUCCGAGACAAUGGUUAUGUUCUUUUGCUACGGCAUGUACGCCUCGGCGCUGUCCUCCGUAGACUUCAUGGUGCAGUACGUGAACGAGCCGAUCACGCCGUGGGUGCAGGUGACGGGGGCGUGGCAGAUGAGACACGCUAACAUGUCAUUCUAUGACGUGCUCGAGGGCACCUCCGUGGCCCUGCACUGCAAUAAGAUAGAGCGCACUGAUGGUGAACCUUACUGGCUCUACGACGUGGCGCACACUCACCAGGAGGAGCGGUUUGCGAUCGAGACGAACAAGAUAGAAUCAUCGUCUAUCCUGACCAUCACAAAUGCUCGUGUGGAUGACAGUGGCACGUAUCACUGCUACGUGGGCAACAGAUACUACAACUCCUCUACCGUACCCGUCUUCAUUCAAGUGUUCAAGAAUGAUACGGCAAGCGUGAGUUUCCCGAAUAACUCGUAUAAUGCUCGUGUGGAUGACAGUGGCACGUAUCACUGCUACGUGGGCAACAGAUACUACAACUCCUCUACCGUACCCGUCUUCAUUCAAGUGUUCAAGAAUGAUACGGCAAGCGUGAGUUUCCCGAAUAACUCGUAUGACAUUCACUUGGACGAGAUGAAUGACAUCAUUCAUUGGGUCAUACUUUACGAGGGCCAUCCUAGCAUCCCGAGCAUCAAAUGGACCCACAACGGUGUGGUGCUAGCAAGCACCGCAGCCGGGGCGGUACAUGUGGUCAACGAUCGCUACCACAUCAACGUUAGUCGAGAAGACGGAACUGUGAUAUUGCGUAUAACUAACCCGUACAUGGGUGAUGUGGGCUCCCACCAACUAGAAGCCUGCAUUAAAGCCGUCAACGAAGUGUGCAAGAACAUCUCGUUCUCUCUGACCGUUCUAGGCGGACCAGAAGAAGUAAAAAGUUACGUCCAAGGAGGCGUGAAAGUUGCUGCAGUAAAUUCUGAAGUGGAAGUGUCGUGUAGCGCACUCGGCAACCCUAGGCCUACUUUAUCUUUGCUAUACGCCUACUGCUCGUCUCCUAGCAACUGCUCGGCAUACCAACAUAUAGCUACAGAGCUACAGAUAAAUUCAUGCUCGGGGGAAGAGGUGAGCGAAUCCUGUGAUGGCUUGCCUGCGACUGCGGCUAAGACGAGCUACAAGGUCCAUAUCAACACUUCAGGCAUGUUUGUAUGUGAAGCGAACAACACACACGGCAGCGUCAGCUCGGCCGAGUACUUUGUUGCUGCCAUCGAGAGCAAACAGGCGAAAAACCUAGAAGCCCUUUCGCUGAAUUAUUCCUUGGACGGAACGUCUACUGGGAACUGCAAUCACCAGGCGGAUGGAUGUACAGUCUACACCCCGGCGACCGUCUCUCUUACGUGCCAGGCUAACAUCUUUCAUUUCUGGGACAAGAAACCUGUCAUCUUCGCAGGACAUCUCGAAGACUGCGCUGCUGAGAAAGACUGUAGUGGACUUACUGAGCUGGGUGUCAACGGGGCCAAUGUCAUUCGUUUCAUUGAGUGGUCGACUGCUCUGACCCACUUCGUUAAUGUGAGUCUGGCGCUGGACACCAACAGUGAGAAGUGCUUGUGCUACGAAUGCGUUCUGCCGUCCGAGCGAGGCAGCACUAACGAAAAAGUCGGCCGGCGCAUGCGCAUAAGAGAAAAGAGCGAGCCGUGGUUCGUAAGUAACUUAAAGCCGGAGUACGAAAUUAAGGUGCAGGGCGAACUGCACCUCUCGUGUGCCUUACAGGGCCAGCCGCUACCCAGGGUCUUCUGGUACAAGGACGAAGGGAAGCUGGCAUAUGAUAGUGACCACAUCGAGAUCAGCGAGGACGGACAACAGCUCACGCUGAAGUUCUUGCGAGUAGACGACAGCGGCUCGUACAAGUGCCAGACGGACUCGAAUUUCGGCUUCAAAAAUAUCAGCCAGAGUACGAAGGUGGUCGUAGUGGACCCGAAUGCCCGCCAAAAAGAAAUUUUGCUCUACGCGGUUAUCGGCUUUUCCGUCGUGCUCGGCAUCAUCCUCCUGGUCAGCGCCGUGCUGCUCCUGCGCUUCCAUAAGAAACGCAAGUCGCAAGAAGAGCAAGACUUCGCACAGUUCAUAGAUGGAAAUGAGGACCGCUUAACGAGAGACAUUGGUUUGAGCGAACAAGCUUUACUGUUACCCAUGAAGAAGGAAUUCCAAUUUCCCCGAAAUAAAUUGGAGUAUGAAAAACUUCUCGGUUCGGGAGCUUUCGGGAUGGUGUACCGAGCGAAGGUGCGUGGCCCUAUUCGCGGCGAAGUCCAUCCGUACGUAGCGGUUAAAGAAGUCAAGUCUCGUUCUGACGAGAACCAACUCAAGUGUCUCGUGUCCGAAGUCAAAAUUAUGAUGCACCUCGGCAGACAUACUAACGUCGUCAACUUACUCGGCGUCUGCACUGAAAACUAUCGAUUAGGCCAGUUCCAGAUAAUCGUUGAGUAUUGCAAGUACGGCAACCUACUCAAUUUCCUGCGCGAGAAGAAAGCCGCAUUCAUUAACGCCAUGAACAGAGAUGGCACCUUACGUAACCGUAAAAGCAGGCUGAGCAGCAACUGCGUAUACAUGAACAUGCCAAACCCUGGCAACCCAACGCAAACCUACACUAGAUCCCGAUCCCAGAGCGCCGUCUCGACCCUACGCCGGGAACCUGUCACUCCUCCGGCCGGCACAGCAAACUCAAAAUUCCCAAGUCUACCUAACUCGCCAACUUAUAACCCUCAAGAAGCUAAUUAUGACAAACCAUGCCCUCAAAUGAGCAAACUUGAUGCAAGCAAUACGAUACCUCGGUGCCGUGCUAAGUCUUCGUCUGACGCCAACUCAUCCAUGGAUACUAUCAGCGGGUCAUCCACGCUUGUGAACACCGUAAAUGGGUCAUCCUCGAUGUUGAACACCGUAAAUGGGUCAUCCUCGAUGGUGAACACCGUAAAUGGGUCAUCAUCGAUGGUGAACACCGUAAAUGGGUCAUCCUCGAUGGUGAACACCGUAAAUGGGUCAUCCACGCUUGUGAACACCGUAAAUGGGUCAUCCUCGAUGGUGAAUGCGGUCAAUGGAUCACUCGGAAGUGGCGGCGUGGAGUAUGCAAACCUGAUGUCUGACAUGACCCAGACUGUAUCUGAUGGCGCUACGGAUCCCGUCGAAGAGCCCGUCAUAUUUGACAUCAACAACUACACGCUGCUGGGGUGGUGCUAUCAAAUCGCCUGUGGAAUGGAUUAUUUAGCCAAGCAUAACGUGCUGCACGGAGAUCUGGCAGCUCGUAACAUCUUGUUGGCUGAAAAUAACAUCGUCAAAAUCAGCGACUUUGGUUUAUCUAAAAGCUUGUACAAUUAUCAGUACAAAGCCAACUUCAAGAAACCAAUGCCGAUCAAGUGGAUGGCGAUCGAGUCGCUGCGGGACGGAAUUUUUUCGACCCAGAGCGACGUGUGGGCGUAUGGUGUGGUCAUGUGGGAGGUCUUCUCGCUGGGACAGGUCCCGUACCCAACCAUCGACCUCAACAAGAACUUCGUGAACCAACUCGAGAGCGGCGUCAGACUCCACAAGCCGCAGUAUGCCAGCGAGAAACUGUUUGAUGUGAUGCGGUUAUGUUGGUUGGAGAAUCCGGCAGAACGACCUAAGUUCGACGCUCUACAGGAAUUGCUGCAAGCCUUCAUGGACGAUAAAACAAGGAAGUACUAUGAAGAUAUGAACGUCACUGAUAACGAGCCUGUCGAAAACUCGCUACUGAGCCGAGUCCGCAGUCCCGACAUCCGAGCUAUGAGCAUCGACGCGGAUGGCUACGAGGUCCCGAAGCAACAUCCUGACUCAGGUCUUUACGAGAACGGCAUGUUACAUCGCAAUAUUAAUUCCUUGUCCCUCACAAUACCGCCCAGUGAUGAACUGAGAGACGAAGUUCCGAUGCAGCUUAUGAAUGAAACGCCGUGCACUUCCCCCCAUUCCCCGAGAACUUUCCCCCAAUCCCCGUGCACUUUCCCCCAAUCCCCAUGCACUUCUCCUCAAUCCCGCGCUUGUCGGAGUGUCACUCCACUCAGAGCCAUCAAAUCCCCACGCAGAUUACGCUCCGUCUCAAUUUCAGCAUCUCCAGCUACCAUAUAUGAAGAAACAGUCUUCAAUUUUCCACCAACAAGCGAUCAACUAGAGCCAGAAGUCGACUUCGUUAGGCCUGGGCAUGAUAGCGGAAUUUUCAAUUCUCCUACUCCAUUCGUAGAUAAUCCAGGAUAUUACACAUUAGGUUCUAACGAAUUACAGAGCGAGAAGACACCAGUUCUCUACAAGCAGGCGAGUCGCUUGGAAAAACGAGAAUCCGAGACAUCCAGUGGGAUAGGGUCUUUGCACGGGCCUUCCUUCGACAGCGUGAGUUCUCUUUCUCCAACUUCACCAGAAUGCAGACCGCUCCUUCAGGCCGUGUGAAAUUAUGCUUUUACCAUAGUAAAUAUUUUUCAUGGUCAACAACCAAAUUUAUAAUAAGGUAAAUUAUUUUCUACUUAGUUUUUAUAGGUGUAACUCCCAAGACUUGAUAAGCGAACCCGUUCUAUGGAAAAGUAAGUAUAUAAAUUCAGUGGCUUCUAUAAUAUGUGUGUUGAUUUUCAGAAGUAAGAGUUACUUUCUAAGUUAAAUGAAUUUACAGAUGUAAAAUAGAUGUUCGGUAGAUGGUAGACGAUCAACUGACAUUGUUGCAGCUUCAAAUUCGGCAAGGGUCUUGGUUAGCUAAUAAGCAAAACUUAUUAAAAAACCGUUCCUUGUACAACGAGCGCAAUACAUGUACAAGGAAGCCCAAUUCAAAAGAGCCUAUUAUAAAAAAGGAGGCACCCGACCUAACGAGUGGACUACCUUCCACUGUAAAACUAUAAAAAUUGGCAAAUCUUACAUUAUGCGCCUACAUAGUUUCCAAGGUGAGAGAAUGAAUGAUGAUUAUUGUGUAGUUUAUCUUUGAGGUUUUAAACUGUAUGCAUUCCUACAUACUAUAAUACGCAUUAAUUGAACUAUUGUUUACUGCUGUCUAAAUACUGAAACAUUUAAUGUCAUAAGUGUUUACAAUA